AUGGCGGUGACCGUACACCCGAGUACGUGGGACGGAGUGAUCGAACUCACAAAGUCGGCUCAGGAUAGGGGUUCUGAUCCGUUGAUGUGGGCGAUUCAGCUCUCGUCGAAUUUGAAUGCAGCCGGAGUCUCUAUGCCGUCGAUAGAGGUCGCCAACUUGCUCGUCUCUCACAUUUGUUGGGCCAAUAACGUUCCUAUCACCUGGAAGUUUCUCGAGAAGGCGCUGACGGUGAGAAUCGUCCCUCCGAUGCUUGUCCUCGCUCUUCUUUCCACCAGAGUAAUUCCAAGACGAAGAAGCUAUCCUGCUGCAUACAGGCUUUAUAUGGAACUCCUUAAAAGAUAUGCAUUUUCAUUGGCAUCUCUAGUUAAUGGUCCUAAUUAUCAAAAGAUCAUGGAAUCCAUAGACGCCGUUCUUCAUCUUUCGCCAAUGUUUGACCUUCAAGUAUGUGAAGCGGGGUUCCUUGUAGUUGGGUUUGUCCUUUCCACUGUAUGGCAAUUACUUGAUGCGUCACUGGAUGAAGAAGGAUUGUUGGAACUUACCCCUGAAAAAAAAUCUUGGUGGCCAACCAGGACACAAGAUAUGGAGAUAGACAAUAAGGAUAGCUUUGAAGAAAAGAGAACAGAACGCCACGAGGAAAUGCGCAAAAUAAAUGCUGUAAUGGCAAUUGAGAUUAUUGGAGAUUUUUUUAAAGAUAAAGUAAUAUCCAGGAUCCUUUUCUUGGCACGUCGAAAUAUGCCUGUACAUUGGGGAUGUUUUGUCGAGCGGUUGAGACUGCUUGCUGCAAACUCAUCAGCUUUGAGAAGUUCAAAAAAUAUUACUCCGGAGGUUCUUUUGCAGUUAGCAUCUGAUUCCCGUAGAGUCCUGUCCCGGGAAUGCAAAACAAGUUCGCAACAGCAGUUUCAUGCUAUGAUGGCUUCUGGCUCCCUUGUAUCUUCUGCUGGUCAAUGCCAUGGCGCUAGUCGUUCAGCACUUUGGCUUCCCAUUGAUCUCUUUCUGGAAGAUACCAUGGAUGGAUCACAAGUGACAGCUACAAGUGCUGCUGAAACUCUUACGGGUCUAGUAAAGGCUCUUCAGGCUGUUAAUCACACCACCUGGCAGGAUACAUUUCUGGGUUUGUGGAUUGCUGCUCUCCAACUAGUUCAAAGGGAAAGGGAUACCAGUGAAGGUCCAAUACCUCGCCUUGACACUUGCUUAUGCUUGUUAUUGUCCAUAACGACACUUGCAAUUGUCAAUAUAAUUGAGGAAGAGGAAAAUGCCUUGAAUGAUGAAGCUGAGUGCAGUCCCAUGACUCCCACCAGUCAAAUAAAGGAGAAGCAGGUUUCACGAAAGCGGCGCAAGGACUUGAUAUCUAGCCUACAGCAAUUGGAUGAUUAUGAAGGCUUGUUGACUCCGCCACUACCUGUAAGUUCAGUAGCCAAUCAAGCUGCUGCAAAGGCAAUGAUGUUCCUUUCAGGCCUAGCAGUUGGGAACGGAUACCUUGAUGAUGUUAGCUUGAACGACAUGCCAGUGAACUGUACUGGAAACAUGCGGCAUCUGAUUGUUGAGGCAUGUAUCGCCAGAAAUCUUUUGGAUACAUCAUCAUAUCUAUGGCCCGGCUACGUGAGGAGCCGCAGCAACCAAAUACCUCGUAGCGUUUCUGGCCAAAUUCCUGGUUGGUCAUCAUUAGUGAAGGGAUCACCUUUAACUCCUCCAAUGGUCACUGCCUUGGUUUCAACUCCGGCUUCAAGCUUAGCAGAAAUAGAGAAAAUAUAUGAGAUCGCUGUCAACGGUUCAAAUGAUGAGAAGAUUUCUGCUGCUACCAUUCUCUGCGGGGCUUCUUUUACUCGUGGCUGGAAUAUACAGGAACAUUCUGUUCAAUUUAUCACAGCGUUGUUGUCACCUCCAGUUCCUGCUGAUUGUUCGGGGUUUAAAACUGAUUUGAUAAAUUAUGCACCAUUUCUGAAUGUUCUUCUUGUCGGAAUAUCAUCCGUCGAUGCUGUUCAGAUUUUUUCAUUACAUGGCUUGGUUCCACAACUUGCUGCUGCGCUAAUGCCAAUUUGUGAAGUUUUCGGAUCAUGUGCUCCCAAUGUCUCAUGGACACUUAAUACAGGGGAAGAAAUCUCCUCCCAUGCUGUGUUUUCUAAUGCAUUUACUCUCCUGCUGAAGUUGUGGAGGUUCGAUCAACCACCUCUUGAAAAUGUAAUGGGAGAUGUUGCUCCAGUGGGAUCCCAUCUAACUCCAGAAUACCUCUUACUGGUGCGCAAUUCCCUAUUAGCAUCAUCAGGAAAUUCACCCAAGGAUGAAAAUAAAAGCAAGAGAGUUUCAAGGCUUUUUAAUCCUUCAUCUACAGAACCCAUAUUCUUGGACUGUUUUCCAAAGUUAAAACGUUGGUACAGGCAGCAUCAAGCUUGUAUUGCUUCUACUCUUUCUGGUCUUGUACCUGGAACUCCUGUUCAUCAGAUUGUAGAGGGGCUCCUGAACAUGAUGUUUAGGAAAAUAAAUAGAGGUGGUCAGCCCUUGACUCCUACAACUUCUGGAAGUAGUACUUCUUCGGUCUCUGUAAGUGAAGAUUCCUCACUCCGUCUUAAAUUGCCUGCAUGGGAUAUUUUGGAAGCUGUUCCCUUUGUGCUUGAUGCUGCUCUUACAGCCUGUGCCCAUGGAAGACUUUCUCCACGGGAACUGGCCACAGGACUCAAGGAUCUUGCCGAUUACCUUCCCGCAUCCUUGGCUGCUAUCGUGAGCUACUUUUCAGCUGAAGUAACGAGGGGUGUUUGGAAACCUGCUUUUAUGAAUGGAACUGAUUGGCCAAGCCCUGCUGCAAAUUUAUCCAUGGUUGAGCAACAAAUAAAGAAAAUCUUAGCUGCCACUGGUGUGGAUGUCCCAAGCCUGGCUGCAGGAGGGACCUCUCCAACUACUCUUCCUUUACCCCUGGCUGCCCUUGUAAGCCUCACCAUAACUUAUAAACUUGACAGAGUCUCCGAACGUUUUCUGAACCUGGUUGGCCCAGCCCUGAGUAACCUUGCUGUUGGUUGCCCCUGGCCAUGCAUGCCCAUCAUGGUCUCCCUAUGGGCUCAGAAGGUAAAGCGUUGGAGUGACUAUCUUGUUUUCUCAGCAUCUCGUGCUGUCUUCUACCACAAUACCGAUGCUGUUGUUCAACUGCUCAGAGUCUGCUUCACGACGACUCUCGGGCUAAAUUCCUCUUCCAUAUCCAGCAAUGGUGGUGUGGGUGACCUCCUUGGCCAUGGAUUUGGUUCUCAUUUCUGUGGUGGAAUUUCUCCAGUUGCCCCUGGAAUUCUCUACUUAAGAGUUCACCGAGCUGUCAGAAAUGUUAUGUUCUUGACAGAAGAAAUUGUUUCGCUUCUGAUGCAUUCAGUCAAAGAUAUUGCUAAUAGUGGGUUACCUACGGAGAAAUUGGAGAAACUGAAGAAAACAAAGCAUGGGAUGAGAUAUGGUCAAGUUUCUCUUGCUGCAGCAGUGACGCGUGUCAAGCUUGCAGCUGCACUGGGGGCUUCUUUAGUUUGGAUAAGUGGUGGAUUAUGUUUGGUUCAAUCUUUAAUUAAAGAAACCUUACCAUCUUGGUUUAUAUCAGUCCAUGGAUCAGACCCUGAUGGAGGUGAAUCAGGAGGGAUGGUUGCGAUGUUGGGGGGCUAUGCUCUUGCAUAUUUUGCUGUGCUCUCUGGGACAUUUGCUUGGGGAGUGGAUUCCACAUCACCAGCAUCUCAGCGGCGGCCAAGUAUUCUUGGGACACACUUAGAAUUUCUGGCUAGCGCUCUUGAUGGAAAAAUAUCCCUCGGUUGCAAUAGGGCUACAUGGCGGGCAUAUGUCUCGGGGUUUGUGAGCUUGAUGGUGGCUUGCACCCCAGCAUGGAUGCUGGAGGUGGAUGGAGAUAUUCUGAAGAGACUGAGCAAGGGAUUAAGGCAGUGGAAUGAAGAGGAAUUGGCUUUGGCCCUGCUUGGCAUUAGUGGGGUUGGUGCAAUGGGUGCUGCUGCUGAGAUGAUUAUUGAAAGUUUGUCAUGAAUUUUGUUGGAAGUUUGUGUCAUGAAAAAGGUUGCUAAAUUACACAUAUUUUGUACAACAUGGGGGAAUAGAGUCAUGUCUAUACAGUAAAAAAACGUUGAAGUUCUGUAGAAUUAUUGGGCAUGUAUAUUCCACUAGAAAAAGAAAAAAAAAAUAGUUUGAUGUUCCUGUCCCUUUGGUGGUCAGAAAGUUUUAAGUUAUGCUUAUUUGUAGAAUGCUAGAAGGUCUCCGAACUGAAAAUGGGCACAUGUACCUUGAGUUUAAGGCAGUCUGAUUUGGC